CGCCCGCGUGCCCCGUUCACUGCGAGGCGGAGACCGCCCCCCCACCCCCCCCAGGCAACCACCCUGGCGGUGGCGUUGUGGGCGUCCGGCAGUCGAAGCCACACGACCCGCGUGCGCUUUGAGCCACUCAGACUGGACAUCUGUGUGGGGGAAAUAGCUUCAGAGCUGCACUGAUUCAUCCCGCAGUCUCGAUACAGCUUCCAGUGAUGUUUGUGCAGAGCUGCGAUUAAUUACAAGGUUACGGUUCAUAUUAGAGGCUUUUUUUGGGGGGGUGAGAUCGCGUGAAUAUGAAUGCGUCGUUAAACCCGCCACCACCCGAUGCAGCCAAUUAGUAAGGUUCGUCACCUGAAAGCAAACGUGACAAUUCGUUACUGGUUCAGCACACCAGGUCGUGUGUCGGAAGAGAGUGAAACCCCACAACGUGAUUUACAAAUCGAGUUACCGUGACGUCUCGCCGGUAAAUACGACCAGCAGCGUCAGGCGACGGCCAGAGUUGUUGAAGAUCGUUGGGAACGAGUGGAGAUGCUGCUGCUGCUGCUGCUGCCGUUCACGAGAGAGAUGCUGCCGUUGAGACGCGCGCUCGUCGCGACGGCUGCCGUGGCGCUCUGCAUGUUGCUCGCAACUGUUACCAGGAACGUAAGAAAUCAAGAUUUCGUGUUGAACUCCAAGCGGGGCAUCUUAGCAACGAACAUGUCCUUGCCGCUGCAGACGAUGGUGCUCGACCUCAUGCCCAUCCUCAACCGCAUGCUGACGUGGCCCAACAAUGCCUCCCAGGCGGAGCUCUCUUCCCUGGCUGUGUCCGCGAACUUCUCCUCGUCACCGCUCUCCUCCAUGGCCAUGUACGUCUACAAUGUGACGGACAGGAGGAUGCUCCUGCAGCAGGAGAGACAUCCACGCCGGCAGUGCAUCUGCGUCGACUCCGCCAACCCGGACGAAACGAAUGUGUACGAUGUGAUUGUCCUGGGGAAGAACGAGCCGAUCAUCCCACAGCUGAUCUUUCCCCGUAAGCCCCUAACGGCGCAGGACAUCACUCCCAACUGCAACGUGCUGUGCUUUUCCGCGACACUUCAAGACGCGUCACUGCCCCCUUCUCCGCCUCUGUUCGGCGUCUUGGUGUCGAAGAACGCCACUCUCGCUCCUCAAGGUGGUGAUGGUGGUGGUGGUGGAGCCACGCGGCUGAUGGUGGAGGAGGUCAUCUUCGGCUCCACGUUUCCUCCCUCCCUGCCGACGGCGACCGUGCUCCCUGCAGCCCGCACGGCUCACCUUGCCACCCCUCCACGUCUCCAGUUCUCCUCCAGCACCACCACCACCACCACCUCCUCACUGUCUCCAGGUGGUGAUGGUGGUGGUGAUGGUGGUGGUGGUGGUGCUGAUGGUGGUGGUGGCGCUGAUGGUGGUGAUGGUGGUGGUGAUGGUGGUGGUGCUGAUGGAGCCACGCGGCAGACGGUGGAGGAGGUCACCCUGGGCCCCACGUUUCUUCCCUCCCUUCCAAAGUCGACCGUGCUCCCUGCAGCAGGCACCGGAGACGCAUUCCCGCCUCCUCCGCCCUCGAGUGACGCUCCCCCCGUGACCGCCGAUCGAUCGGACGAACGCGGCAGCUCCUCCGCAACGAGCAGAGGCACCGUGGCCGGUGCGGCGACCUCCCGCGGCCGUGACCUGGACUCGAGCACCUCCAACCGGACAGCCGAGCUCCAGCCCACGCCGCCGGCGAUGAUCGUGUGCCGGCCGCUGUGGCCGUGGCGACGGGUGUCGCCCGGUUGGAUCCCCGGCGAGGGCGCGCGCCAGGGCUGCGUGCUGCGCGCCUCGUGCGGGCAGCGACACGCGGGGACGCUGCUCGUCCUGCGCUACCGGGCGGGUUCCGCGGGACCACGGACUGGCGCCCGCCCCGGCCACGUGCUGCUGGUCUCAAGGGUGCAACGUGGGGGGCGACAGGAGCCAAGGGCGAGUCCGAUGCCUCGUUGGGUCCCGGUUUGUGCGGUAUCGGUGCGACAAGAGGAGGCAGCUCUGCUGGAGGGAGAAGACCCUGCACGUCACCUGGGACGCAAGCGACCUUCCCCUCCAGCCUAGCAGCAGCUGCUGCCGCAUUCGGGACGCAUCACACCCCCCACCCCACACACACCGCAGCUUGGGAGGCGGCAUAGACGAAACUUUAACACCAUUUUUGUAUCGUAGUUUUCCUGCUGGCAUCACGGCCCGAGAUGAAACUUCCACGUGGAACGUCACAUUGUAUCAUAACUUCAGACGAGCCCUGUGGAGGGCGACAAGUGUUUUACUUCAGAGCUCAACAGUGCAGUGAUAGUUGUAUUUAUUAGUUUGGGGGAUGUGGAAAGAACGUGCGUCGCACGACAAAAUCAAACUCGGAUUAAUCGAGUUUUUUUUUUACUGAAACGUGUCAAAUGAAGGUACGGUCCAAAUGACAGGAAGGUUCUUUGUGCGCUGGCAUUUGUGGCCACAGGUGGAGUAAAGAUCAUCAGCGAACAACUCGAGCGACUGGUUGAAACACCAUGGAAGUUGAAUCCUCAAUUUGAAUGCAGAAUCUCAGCAGCGUGGGCUCAGUGCCACCGCCAAUGAGCACUCCCCUUAGCCACUCAGACACCUUCGAAAGGACUGAAUAACACUGGUCAACAAAAACAAUUUCUGGCCUGGACUUUUGCAGCUGUUUUAGACUAAUUUCAGGGUGCUGAUUCCAAAUCUGAUCUCAGAUUUGCUCUAUCACAUCUCAUUUUAUGCUAUCGGCAUACCCCAUUUUCAUUGAUUUUACCCGAAAUUAACUCUGUCACUUAUGAUCGCAGGUCGUUGCGAGUCAGUGACUGCUUUAGUGUUAAAAUAUGGUGCUGUAUUUUUUGAAAAGUGUAUUUAUAAUAUAAUUUUAUGUAGAUAUCCACAUUUAUUUAAUAUUUUUCUUCUGCAGUUUUUAUUGAAAAUGCAAUAUUUGAGAUCUCAAAAACCUGAUUUGAUGAGACAAAAACUGAUGCCAGAUUCAGAAUCAGCACCCCAAAAUUACCUUAAACCCGUUGAAAUACCUUAUGCCAGAAAAAGUGUGUUGACCAGUGUUAUUCAUAGUAAAGGUUUUGGGGUGAGAUCGCGUUAUUUAUAAACGUGUCGCAACCCUCCACCACCCGACACGGCCAAU